CUACAUACUUGCGCCGAAGAAGAACAGCCUUGUUAUCAUACGAGCCGUCCGGGGGUGCUGAAGGCUGCGAUGCGCUGCAGACAACACCGACCCGUGUUGAUAAAGAGCUAAUGAAACAAUGCUCGGGUCGCAUCCCUAAUUCAUCUCAUACGCUUGAGUACGCUCAGAGCGCGUCGGUCCCUGUGCUGAGCUACGGGAUCCCACCACACGCUACUACGAGCGAACACACGUCAGCCACGGAUCACUAGACAACGCUGACACCGUGGACAGACUGACACAGCCUAUUUACAUUAUAAAUAUCCCAAGGAGCCCAGAAAACAGCUUGAUCUGGAAUCCGCAAACAUGAGUGAAGACGACAGCUCGGCGGCGGGCGGCAAUAAAGACAAAGAGUCGACCCUGCUGCUCACCAAGGACGGACAGCGGUACUACGUGAACAAGAGCGGCGUGGUGGACAGCAGGAACGUGAUCACGCCCCUGGAGUCGGACAACAACAUGUUCUCGUACGAAAUGGACGAUGCGGACGAGGAGGCCGACAUGCUGGACUCCUCGGACCCCCGUGACAGCGCCGCCAGCCCUGAGGAGCUCAACGACGAGGACGCGUCGGAGGGCGACAACGCCCCCAAGCAGUGCACCUACGAGGGCUGCACCGAGACCACCACGCAGGUAGCCAAGCAGAGGAAGCCCUGGAUGUGCAAAAAGCACCGCAACAAGAUGUACAAAGACAAGUACAAGAAGAAGAAGAGCGACCAGGCCCUGUCGAGUGGGAAACUUGAUGAGACGGCGGAGGAGAGGCCUGUGUCCGUGAACAAGCAGCGCCUUGGCACCAUAGGGGACCGGCCUGCCAGACCCUCCCUGAUAGAGCAGGUGCUCAACCAAAAGAGACUGUCGUUACUCAGGAGCCCGGAGGUAAUCAGCUUCCUUCAGCAACAGCAGAGGCUCCUGAUCACCCAAAGCCGCAGCCAAUCACAGCCGGACUUCCCGGGUUGCUAGACAAUCACAGCUGGAUUGCCCGGCCUGCUAGCCAAUCACAGCAGGUUGUCCAUGGUUGCUAGCCAUCACAGGUGGGAUUUCCUUGGAUUUUGGGAGCGACCACAGCAAGUGACGUUCCAGGUUCUCCCAACUGUCCUGUCAUCGCUUGGAUUCGGUGCUUGUCAUGAUAUUGACUUUGACGGACUUUGGGAAUUCUACAGGUUACAUGUGUUUUGUUUUUUUUGCCAGGCAGUAAGCCAAUUAUUUAUUUUGAGCGUUGAAUAUGUAGUGUGUGUGGUGCAAAUAUUUUCCAUCCAAGAAUCUGUUAUUAAAAGGUGUGGUAUUUAAAUUGA